UUUAUUUUUAGCAAAGGUGUAUUUGGGUGUUUAACAGCCCCCAGUAAUGAGGCAAGUUAAGAUUCUUUACUGUUUAUAAACAAACCCCCAUAUACCACAGUCUCUGUCAGGCUUUCAGAUGAGUGGGCUGGUCAUUUGGACGACUGCCUUUCCCUCCAUCAGAUGCUCAGAAGAGGUUUCUGUUCAGCCAUUGCCAACAUAGGGGGAAAGCCGAAGAGGCAGCCGAAGCCAUCGUCAGACGAAGGAUAUUGGGACUGUAGCGUGUGUACUUUUAAGAACAGCGCCGAGGCCUUCAAGUGCCUGAUGUGUGAUGUGCGCAAGGGAACCUCUACCCGAAAACCUCGACCUGUUUCCCAGUUGGUUGCACAACAAGUAACCCAGCAGUUUGUGCCGCCCCUGCAAACAAAGAAAGAGAAAAAAGAUAAAAUUGAGAAGGAAAAGAGUGAAAAGGAAACAAUGAUCAAAAAGAAUAGCCAUAAGAAGACAAGGCCAAGAUUAAAAAAUGUGGAUAGAAGCAGUGCUCAGCAUUUGGAGGUUACAGUUGGAGAUCUGACAGUCAUUAUUACAGACUUUAAGGAAAAAACAAAGUCACCUCCCGCAUCCAGUGCUACAUGUGUGGAUCAGCACAGUCAAAGUGGCUCUGGCUCUGAAAAUACAGAGAGAGGGAUAUCCAGGUCAUCUUCACCUAGAGGAGAAGCAUCAUCCAUAAAUGGAGAAUCCCAUUAAAGUUUUUUUCCUCCACCGUUUUUCUGUUCACUCAACUAUCUUCUGCCAAUAGUUAAAACGUUUUCAUGAAAAGAAUGACCUAAUGCAAAACUGGUAUUUUUUUAAUAGUUACGUGUGCACUUAUUUUCUUAUUUGCGCAUUUCUAUAAGUGCACCAUUAAAUUUCACAUACAGUUGGGAAUCUGGUCCAAAGUCAGCCUGUAAACAUAGACUGUCGUGUCUUUAGUUUUCACAUAUGUGAAAAGCAAAUAGAAAAUAUAACUUACAGUUUUUGUAAUAAUGUUAGACUAUUAAAAUCCUAUUUAAAAUAGUUUGUUUUCUCUAGUAAAGAUGGUAAACGAACAAGAAAAAAAUAUCUGAGCCACAAUCGUAAGCAGGUAGCAAAUGUUUAUACAUGGUAUCAAAAGUAUAAAAUAUGGCCUUUUGUCGGAUAGCCUUCAAUUAGGAAUUUAAGAAAUACUGUGUCAAAUAAUAACACCCUUUUUUCCAUAAUUGCUUUUAUAUAUAUAAAACACAAUCUCAA